AUGUCGUCUCAGAUCAUACCUAUUAAGGACCAGGCCGCUCUUGUGCUUGAAGAUGGGAAAAUAUACAAAAUUCAGCAUCGUAGACAGAGGAAAAUUCUGAGCUGCGUUGCAUGCCAUAAGAGAAAGAUCAAAUGUACAAGAGAAACACCAAGCUGUUCAAUAUGUCUUAAAAAGAAUACUGAAUGCCAUUAUUUUCUCAACGAUCGCAUUUCUCGCGGUGGCCAAACCGCUGCCGAGACAAGCGUCAAGACUACUGACGCUGUCCUCUUAGUGGAAACUCCACAUAGCGAUGACCCUAUAGAGAAGAAAAAACAACUUCUGAUGGCGAUCGAACAAGCCAAGUCGCUGGCCAAUGACGAAAGAAUUCUACUCGAUAUGAAACGAAGACAGAAAAAGGAUGUGGGUGGUGGCAGAAAACAGGAUGGAGAAUAUAGCAGACCGGCUGUUAAGGAGCCCAAGACAUCGGCUCACCAUAACUUCAGCAAUGCUGAAGCCUCGGCACACAAGAAUCUGAGGAACAAUGUCACCGGCAGUGCAAACACCUUGCCACCAAUGUCAAGCUUCUCAAGUCAAGACCGCUUACGUCAAAAUUUUGGUAGAGAUCUAAAUCUUUACUUGCCUACAAGGGAGAGAGCUUUUGAGCUGUUUGAAAUCUACCAUACUACGGUGCACCCUAUCAUUCCACUUAUCAAUAUCCCCAAGUUUUCGAGAGACCUCGAAGCUUUUUGGUUGGAUCCCAAUCGCGGAGGACCGGGGGAUACUGAGUUUCUGGUAAUAUUAAUGCCUGUACUUUACGCCGCAUCCAAAUCUCAGUUCCAUCAAUUCAACGACAACGACGAACUUUUCAGAGAAAUGUCCACGCUUUUCGAAGCCGCCAACGUUUUGUAUGCGCUGUACGAUUUUCCCAACGCUUUCAAUAUCAACAUGAUAACCGGAUCUGUUUUGAUCAACUCCGUCAUCGAAAACCCUAGCAUAACCACAGUGGCUCAGUUAUCACGACUUGCGCAAAGAACACUGCUCACACGCGAUCCUGCCACCUAUCAUGGGAUAGUUGAUCCGGAUAUAGUUCAAUCACGACGCAUCCUUUUUUGGCAGAUUUUUCAGUUGGACACAAUGACCUCACUCUAUAACAACUUGCCGCCGCUUAUAAAGGUGGACGAUUUCGACACGGUGAGGCCUGCCGAAGUAGUCAACGGUGAAAUACACCCAAGCCUAUGUCUUUUGAAUGCAAAACACAGGUUUGUCAUAUUGCUGAAUGAGCUGUGCUCGCUCACCAAUAGAGGUACAUUUCAAGGCCUCAAAGAACGAAUUGUUGAUCUCCACGUUUGUUGCAUGGGUAGCGCUUUAUCCUUACGCAAUCAUGGCAAACAAUUGGGACAAUUAACAGCCAAUGAAGCCAAGUUCAUUGAUUGGGCGGUGUUUAUGCUCAACACGUUCGCAGAUCGAGCUUGUUUGCUUCUUCAUCUCAAUAUUAUCAAGACAUCUUUGCCGAUGCUCAUGAAAAGGCGAAGACUAUGGAAGCAAGAAGAGUUGGUGGCAAAUGGUAAUUUUUCCAACCCAAUCUCAGAAAGCGGGUACGGCAGAAAUUUCUUAACCAUACAAGCGAUCCUAAAUGACAGUGGUAACUUAACAUUGGAUCAUACGUUGGGAGAGGGAUUGAAUUGUUUGACAAAUGCAGGGCUCGUGUACAACUACGAGGAUUUGACCAACAACUUAGUACCUGCAUCACUCCACUACUUGGACGAAUUUUUGAAAUACCAUACGGAUGACACGUUCUCAUGUUAUAACUGGGAGCUCCUUGUGGGCAACAUGCCUAUAAAUGCAAUUACCUUUGCCAUCAAGACUUUAGCAUUGGACUUGAACCGUGCUCAACAGAUGGAUCAAAUCUUGAUUCUACAGCACGAUUUGAGAUACAUCUUGCUAUCAAAAGCUGUCCCCGUGGCCGAGAUGAAAGUGGAUCCCAAAACUGCGGUUUGCAAAAACUGCUUUCAACUCAUCAAACUUCUUUUCAAACUAAUAAUCGUCAAGCAUGGGAAAUAUUUGGAACACAAGAGCAACACCCCUGUGGAUGCUUCGAAGCUAUUUCAGAGCAAGUACGACAUUGGAAAUCCUACUUUGACGAACGGUCGUCCUGGUAUUGUUCCACAACCGAGUGUGGGCUCGAUGGGUAGCUCUGGUACCUCUUCGAGGGCUUCACAACCUUCCAGCGCCAGCGAUGCUGACUUCACUCGUGAUGCAAAUCGAAUACUGAGCAUAACGAGCAUAACUAAUGGCGAGGAUUUUUUGAGCGAUGGAUUCUCAUUUUCGGGGAACCUCAUUUACAACAAUAACUCACUCGACACCUCGUACACAACGUCGUGCGCGCAAAUUGCGCCUCGCACUAUGCGAGCGUUGGCAGCAACGCCCCAAAGCCACCCAAUGUACCGUUCGUUCGAUGACAUCGGUUUUGUGGGAUCCCAGGCCCCUACAAUGGAUCCCAACCUGCCCAUAAACAACGUCUACAUGGCCAAUCCCUUUCCGCGCGAAACUGACAAUCCAACGCCGAUCUCGAUGCCGAUUCCGCCCGAAACUUCUGCGGAACCUGCCAUGGCUCCGGACUUCGCCGCUCCGGGCGGCAUGUACGGCAUGCCUCCUCCGCCAGAGUCCAAGAGCGCAUCUGUCGAACCACAGCAGGAAAUUGAGUGGAUACGCCAGGAGGUGGAACGGUAUAUUUUACUGUUGAACCGCGACAGGGGCCAAAUGGACACUAUUGGUACCGGCGAUGAAUAUUAUCGGGAGUUUGAAAAUGCGCUGCUGGAAAUCAUAUGUGGUAUUCUAAGUUGCUAA